AUGGUGUUCGCUCCAGGUAAGGGCAGCUGCCUCCCGAUCCCAGCCGGGGAGCCUCGCAGGAAGGCCCCGGCCGUGCCGGAGAGCUGCUGCGGGGAGGGGGUGGUGGGUGAGGCAGAGCUGCCAGCAGACAGAGGCAGUCACUCUGUGAUUUUGUUCCCCCGUCCUCUUCUUCCAUCCUUCACGUUUUCAUGGAUUAGCCCCAAGUUCUUAGUUCCCUUUCUUUUUUGUUUGGCUCUGGCAGGUGAGAAGCCAGGGACAGAGCAAGAUGAAGUUAAGCUGCAGAUUGCCAGCAAGCAGAUUGUGCAGACUGCUAUCCUCCGAGCAGUGCAACAAGUUUCCCAGGAGAGCCAGCAAAAGGAGAAGCGAACAAACACCAGUACAAGCCUCCAACUGGAAAGAGGAAAACUGACCAAGAAGCAUGAGAAGAAGUAAAGGAGCAGACUGGGGUUUUUCAGCUCCAGUCUGCAAGUGUUUUCAGCCUUCUCCUUAGUAUCAGCUGUAUUGCUAGUGCAAUGCUACUGCUGUAAAGCAAACCAAAGUAUUAUUACACCUACACAUAGGGUAAAACUGCAAUAGUCCUCAUCUGAGAAAUAUUAAGUGCAUUAGAUGAAUGACUCCAUAUUUAUGCAGUGCCUCUUAACAGAAACAACAACCAUAGAUGUAAAAGCAGUUUCAAGCACAAGCUCCUAUGACAUGAGCUGAUUCCCAAAAGCUUGUUGCCAGUGCACUUUCACGCUAAGUUCCGCAUGCGACAUUUCCAUCAGCUCAGCCGGACGGACUCUCCUCUGCGUUACUGGGUUCACUGAAGCUGUCUUUGCUGAAGAAAUGGUUUAUUGUUGGGUGUAGCAGAAUGCUUUCAGGCUCCCUUGAAGCAUGGGUUUGAACUUUGCUUUUAUUAGACAUGAACUAUGUGAAAUGGCAGUAUAAAAUGGAUUUGGUAAGUUCUGUGAACCAGUUUAUUUUUUCAUCUUGGGGAAAAAAAAGCAAUCCAAUAAGACUGCAGUGACUGUGAUCUGUGACUUUGAUAAUAUACCUGUGAUCUAUGUCUUUUUUUAAAAGAAAUACUGAAGUUUUAGUCUACUUAUUGAAAUACUUCUAUACUUCUGCAUAAAAAUCACUUGUGCCUCAACUAUUCCUUUUAAUUUUCUUGAUAUUGAAAGAAAAGGAACUGAUGUGAUGAUAAGGAGUUGGCCAGCAUUUGCUCCAGUUUUGCAACUUUGCUGGGUCUUGAUUUACAGAAAGUGAAGACUGAAGUGUCUUUAAAAAAAGGAGGUUGAAUAUAUUAAUAUCUUUAAGGAUGAAAACAUACAGUAUUUGAAUUCUGGUAUGGUAGGUAUUUCUCUCCUCCUGGGUGUAAAGUGACUUUAGAUAUUUGCAGUUGUUACAUAGAUUCAACUUAAAUAGCACUGUGUGAAGCUGGUCAUAGAGAGCUUAUCCUCUCAACUGCUCUAUAGAGCUGAAGAAAAUCCAUGAUGUUUCUGAAAAUACAAAUUAAAUAAAUAUCCCCUUCACUUUUGUGCUCCCUUUGUAUAAUGAUGAUUGCACUAUUAUACAUCUGAAAUAUUUAAUUCCAGAAAUGGCUUGUAGCUCUGCUUCAAAUGAAUUCCUGUAGUAAUACACCUGGAAAUACAAAGAAGAAGAUGCCCUGCAAAAUUUUCUUCAUGGCUUUUCUACUUAGCUAGAGGAUCCUCAAAGAGACUGUGGGUUAAACAAUUGGCUAUUACUUGCUGUGUCCUGUUGCUUGUGUUAAACAGUUUUGGAAUUCUUUUUCUUGGGCAGACACUUAGUCAUGAAUAACCACAUACUGUAAUAUUAAGUCUUUGUAAUCUGCUUGGUUUCUUUUUCUUUUUUAAUUUAACAGCACAGACUCAUACAAGAUAGUGAUUUAGCUCAAUCUUCUUUCACUUAAAUAUGCAAAGAAGAAUUCAACAUGAUUGAAAGUGUUCCAAAUCAUCUAGUAAUGAAAACUGAUCUGGACUGCAAGUACACAGGUGGUUCACUUCUGUAGACACUGGGUGAAUUUUUACAGUCAAGCAAACUUUAAAACGUGAAAGUAGUUGGGUCUUGAGGCAUGUAUAUGUUUUUGUAAUAGUAACUUUUUUUACCGUUAGGUUUUUCACCAGUCCACCUUUGUUUGGGAGGUAACUCUUUCCUAAGCACUCUGCAUUUUUGUUCUGAGAGCCUAAGAACACUGAUCAUGAAUCAUGCUCAGUUCUGAUGAGCAGAUAAGUCUGGUGGAUGAAACAGAGCAAACCUGUUGGAGAGACUCUGUGAUGCAAAUCGGUGUUUGCCAUGGAGUCACUUACAAUGCUGCAGGAAGGAGAGAUAUAGGACAUUUCCACUUCUUCAAAAUUAUUUUACUUUUUUAAUGCUUUUUGUCCCCAGACAUACGAAAUAUUUUUGGGUUUAAGGUUUUUGUUGUUUUGGUCGGGUGGGGGUUUUUGUUGUUGUUGUUGGGGUUUUUUUGCUUUGUUUUGUUUUUUGUUACUGAUAAUUAUGUUAACAACCCUCAUGUAGUUUUGAAACUGUUCCUUUGUAUGCCUUUUUUUUUUUUUUUUUUUUUGAUUAAUCAUUUUGGCAAAAGAAGAAUUUUGAAAACCAGUGAACCUGGGCUUUUGCCAGUGCUUCAUAUGAGCCUAUUCCUCUCCUCCUCCCACUUUGCACUUCUACAAUAUCCCUUUACUGUCCCUUUGCUACUGUCCUAGUCAUAUUAGGUACACUAUUUAUUGAUUAGAUGUUUAAUAGUCAUGCCCAUCACUGGCAGAAUACCAAUGCCAUCAGAAGCUUAGUAUCUUGGAAAAUCAAAAACUGUUGGAAGCCUUGGCUUGUUAUGUACUUACUAGACAAUCUCAUGAAGUAAAAUGUGCUCAUGAGGUUUGUAGUAAUGAAUGCAUUAUUCAGCACAAAAAUUAUCAUAUUUUAGAAAUACAAGGCAAUCAAAAAGGUAUCUAUAAGUAUUUAAAACAAAUUCACCACUUAUUAGCACUUAUAGUGGUAAGGAAAAUGUUGUACAAAUAUGUGAAAUUAUAUUUAUCACAACUCCAGAAGAACAGAAGAAGUGUGUGUGUGUGUGUGGCUAUCCUGUACUCUGCUUGCUAUGUUGUCAUUCAGGUUGAUUAUAACAAUUUUAUUACCAUAUUGCACUCUUCUUUGUAAGGUUAAUAAAGCAGCAAUGCCUAAAUGAAGAUUCACAUGGCCACAGCAAGAGGUUGUAACAGAUUACUAAAUGCCACUGUACAUCAGGUUUUUGGCCCUGUGUGGUUACACUGGAAAUUUCUGCUCUAGAAUAAGGAAAACCAACAACUGUGACUUGGAAACAGCCAUAUUAAUUUUAUCAUUUCAGAAAAAUAAAAGCAUUCUGUGAUAAUAUUAUGAGUUGGAAAUGCUUGGAUGUUUAUU